AGCGGCAGCGAGACCGCCGUCUCCGCCAGUACUCCGCCGUACAGCUCCGUGUACUCAACCCGCCACAGCGGCGACGCUGGAGCUUCAAACGUGAAGUAUCAUCAUCGUCUCCGGAAGUUCAUCAGACUGAGGAGAUCGAACCUUUUCCCGCUGCAAGGUUCAUCGGACUCUUGAAAAGUGUAGAUAUCCGUUUAGGGAGAGUCGCAGUCAUGGUGUGGGGCCUCUUCCCCGCGGAUCCUCUCUCCGCAGGUGAAGAGAAGUAUUACAUCUUCUCAAAGGGAACUUUCAAAGUGGGCAGAAAAGGUUGUGAGAUAAUUGUGAACAAGGACAAAGGGGUGUCUAGGGUCCAUGCUGAGAUAAUUGUUGAUACAAUUACUUCUAUGAGUCCUGGGGCAACUGAAUCUCCUAAAGUCAGAAUAAGGGAUCUCUCGAAGUACGGUACAUUUAUCAACAAAAAUCUUGGUUCAGAGGAAAAGGUUCAUGAGAAGGAGUCAACUUUGAGAAAUGGUGAUUUGGUUUCAUUUGGAGCUGGGAAGGCAAUCUACAGGUUUUCGUUUGUCCCUCUGGUGGUUUUGGUUCUUUCCUCAGAACUCUCUCAAGUGGACUGCCAACUCCGUGAGAAACUAUCAUCUAUUGGUGCUUCCACGGUUGAUCAUUUGAAUCAAGAUUGCACCCAUGUGCUUGUUGAUCAAUUUAUGGAAGUGAAUGAAAGUAUACUUGAUGCUGUUGCCAUGAAGAAACCUCUUGUUCUCAGCAGUUGGGUAGAGUUUGUUGCAGAGAAAAGCAUCAGAAAUGAAAUUCCGAGCUGCAGUGACCACUUUCCAUCAUUAUCAGUGGGAGGAGUCUCUGUCAAAGUGACAGACCCUAAGACUCGUGAAACUUGUUUGGAAGGAUAUACAUUUGUGCUUGAACCACCACGAAUGUAUAAAUUUGGGCAUAAAUUGCAACUGCUAUUGGACGUUGCUGGCGCAAAGAGAGUAUCAAUUGAUAACUUCUGCUCUUCUAGUCAGGGUUCGGAAGAUUUAGACAAUAGUCGAGUGGCGUAUGUUAACACUGAAGAAUCCCAGGGCAACCGUAUCAGCAAAUUUUCAUUGCACAGGGUGGAUGAGAAGGAUUUAUUACGUGCCAUAUUAUGUGGUCAUCUGAAUUCAUCUUUGCUGAGAGCACCGCCUGUUGUUGUCUCAUCCUCAUGCUCUACAGACGAGACAGUUGUAGCCGAUUCUGAUUUAGAAGAUGAGACGUCGAGGCCAAUCACACUCGAUGAAGCUGACACGCCCAAACCUGUGCACGAAGCAGACACAGUUCACAUGGAAGAAACCACCGAGAACAAAGAAAAUGCUUUGCCUGGUUAUGCCGCUUUGAAAUCAGAAAAUGCCCAUUCCAUGUGUGAGGAGAAGGUUAGGAAGAACAGUGAUGGCUGUGUGGUAAUAAGAAGGGAUAAAAUCGAUGAAUCCGAUGAAGGAACUUCUGAUAUCAUUUACACCCAAGAUAUCAUAGUAAGAAAUAUGAAUGUACUGGCAAGGAGUUCUCAUGAUUCUGCUGAAGUAAAUUUUAAACGCUUCAGAAAGAGGCAAACUCCAUCAGGAAACAGCUUCAACAAUCUUGUGCCCUUCUCGAAAUUCCCUUACAAGGAUUCGGACUAUGGAAAUGAGGAAGUAGCAGAGUCUGUGAAAGAAGAGAAAAGGAGAAAGCAAAUGGAAGCAAUUGCAGAAGACUUAUUUAAUAAUGAGAGGGGAAGAAAGCGGGGAUUCGCAGGUUCUCUUCACGGACUUCUUACUCGAGGCUGAUACAGGUUCUGAAGCAAUUCACCAGCAGUCUUGCCUGUAUUUGUGGCAAUAUGCAUAGACAGAUGACUUGGCCUCAUAUUUAUCAGCGACAGCAUAUUUUCAAUUGUAAGGUCAGCUCAUAUUUUAAUUUCCUGGACAGUUCGCAGAACGUCCGGAAACAAAACUAGAAACUACGUGGUAUCAGAACAUAUAUGUAAAAAAGGAGUGCAGGAACCUAUUGGCCCGUUUUUUUUGUACGGGUUUUGCAGUAAUUAAAAGAGUGUGCAUCUUUCAAACCGAGGUUGGAUAGAUCAGCAUAAGAAGAAUUAGGCCGCGGAAAGCAGCUGUAUAGAGUUGGGGUGGCGAUCAAGUAGUUCUCUUUGAGUGUGUGAGGGGCUAAUAUUCAUAUUAACUGUUGCAACAUAAUACUAAUGUUUUUAAUUUAAAUUUCCAUAUUUGUUUAAUAAAUAAUUUCACGAUCA